GGCAUAUCGUAGCUCUCAUCUGCCGCACAUCUGCCAAUUCCAAUGAACCGUUUCUGAUUGGCCCGGUCAGUACAGCUCUGACGUCGGAGUUGUUUUUAUUAUUUUGGAGUGAUCAGUCUCCAAGCUUUUUUUUUAACCAGUCUCCUCUGCCCGUUUGAAAUGCAUCCAAUUUCAUGAAGAUCGAUAUCCUGAAUCGUUCGUCCCGUUGAACGAAGAGCGACGACCUGCAAAAAUGCACACUCCAUCCCCCCAGCUUCUCCGUGCUCUGCGCACAUCCAUAACAUCCUCUACCCUCCACCGAACAAUCGCGCCACAAGUACCAUCAACCUCAUUAAUCGCAGGAGCUGUACAAUUAUCACCAUCAAAAUGUGUUCCUCCCCACCGCAACAACAGCAACAUGACCCGUCCAGCGCGCAUGAUCCCACGCGCUCACACCAACAAACCAACCACCCAUGACCGCGGCCCAAGAUCGUCAGAGCAGACGCAGACUGAUUUUGCCUGUCUCGAUGUCCUGGGUAAUGUACCUGCGCCGACAACGGCUAUUGAUGCCUGUCUGGAUGAUGGAUUUCACCUGGAUAACGGGGUAAAAGUCACGGGCGGCGACGGAGUCUUGCUGGUUGGCGGGGAGGCAUUUGCGUGGCGGCCUUGGAGGACCAUUGCUGCUGGUAGCGAUAAUAGUAAUAGCGAUUCAAAGACAGCCAUGGUAAACGCUAAGGGUCAAUUCGAGGUUGAUGAACAGGCUUGGGGGCUGUUGGGUUUGGUGUGGCCUCGGCCUGACCUCCUGAUUCUGGGAAUGGGUGCUUCAAUGCUACCCCUCUCCCCCGAGACGAAACGGCAGAUUAAUUCGCUCGGCAUUCGGGUUGAAGUGCAGGAUACUAGGAAUGCGGCUGCUCAGUUCAACCUGUUGGCUACCGAGAGGGGCGUUUCGGAGGUUGCUGCUGCGCUCAUUCCAACCGGGUGGAGGGGGCGAUAGAAUAGUUUCGUUCGCUGUGGAAAUGUAUAUGUACAUGAUAAUUUAUUGGUAUCUUCGCGUACACGCUACGGGCAUAGGGGAGCAAGGUAGAAAUUGCGUAAUGAG